UCCGAUCUUGUUGAUGAAAAAGUCGUUAUUCUAGUACGUACGACUGGUGUCGCGAGGAGAGUGGGGCAAGGUUCGGAUAGGGGGUGGCAGAUGAUGGCGGUGAGGGAUGUCAUUGGUGAAGACAUAGCGGGUGAAUAACAUAUCUGCACUAGUUUUGGAGAUUCAAAACCAGAGUUCAGCUAUGCAAUGAGACUUUCUUUGUUCUCUUUGUCCGCAUGUGCGGUUCAAUCUUUCCUGCUUUUGUGGAGGUUCUUCCUUUGUCUUGGAGGAUUUCUUUCUCAGCAAGCUCCCGCCGUCUCAAUCAUUCUCUGCCAGUUUCCCAUCUGUUAUAAUUAUAUUGCUCUAUCAAAAGUUCAUCCGAUCUAUACAUAUCCGGUCACCUCAACCGCCAGGAUGUUCAUCCUCAUCAGCCUCUUUAUCCUUGGCCUCAGCAUAAUCACUGGUUGGAUCUGGAUAGUCUGCCUGGCGUUACUCUUUAACCUGCCCGGAAUAAUUUACGGUAUCUUCAUAGCAGCCGCGUUGAUUGUGAUUACCUCUUUCAGCCUCGUCUGUACGUGGUUGGGCUACAAGGUCCUCAAGGCUGUUUUAAGAUGGACGGCCAGUGAGUUUUCUGAUUUGAUGAGUGCGACUUGGAGUUUGAUACGUAGGAUCUUUGGUUUCAUCUGCUGGGUUUUUGGGCGGCGCGAGGAGAAGGUGCCAGUGAAGAGCUCGAAGAGGGUCAGACUUGAGGACAGCCCGAGAAAACGACAAUCGGGAUUGUGAGAGAUUUGAGGGUAUUCAUGUCACGGGCAUGUGAGAAAUCUACUUGGGUCAUUGUGUAAUUGAACGUAAUGCCACUGCAGAUACUGG